AUGAGACCCGCAUCUCUCCUUCCCCUCUGCAGUCUCUUUGUUUUCUGCAGGCUUGUGGACUGCAGAAUUGUCGGGGAGGAUGAAGCCGGGUUCGCCGAAUGUAACAAGUUCUUUUAUGAAGAGACCCCACCAGAAGGACUGGCUGAGUCUUUCCACGUGAAAAUCUGUCAGCAAUACAAUGGCAAGGAGCGCUUCGCGACCCUCUACAGCAUCCAAGACAAGAUACCUGUUUACUCGGCUUUUCGUUCUGCCGUCUCUGGAGAGAGCAGGGAGCAGGGCUGGAUGAUCGAACCCCAGAUAGAUGAUCCCAACAGCAACUUUUCAGAAAUGAUGAAUGAAGAGGAUGCUGUUACCUCUGUGAACAAUCUUGGAAGCAAACAAGCCCUAAGUACUGACUAUCUGGAUUCCGAUUAUCAAAAAGGACAACUGUACCUCAGCUCCCUUAACAGUGAUGAUUUCCAGGUGGCAACAUACACCCUCACGAAUGCCGCACCUAUGACUCAAACGUUCAUGGAAAGGUGGUACAUGAAUGUGAAUAGCUUAAUGGAUCUUGCCUUGGCCCCGUACUGUGGAAAUAGGGAUGACUUGUAUGUCAUUACAGGAGCAGUGCCCUCAGACCACAGAGUUAAGGACAAAGUGUCUGUCCCUGAUUUUCUUUGGUUGGCUGCAUGCUGUGCUGCACCUGGAGGGUGGGCUAUGGGAUUCAUCAAGCAUAUGAGAGAUGGGGAUAUCAUAGAAGAUGUGAUGGUGAAGGAUCUUGAGAAGUUGCUUCCAUCCAAGACUCAGCUGUUCCAAGACAAUUGUGGGGAAGCAGACCAAGACACAGAGAAAAUGAAAAAAAUAUUAGAAAUGGUUAAUCAUGUCCAGGAUGAAGAGAGAACGCUCCAGGCCAAGUUGAGCUCUAAACAAUUAUCCGGUGCUCGGAACAAACGGUCUGCUCAGUUACUGCCAGACGAAGCCACUGAGAGCAGUUUACUCGGAACAAUUGGCAGCAUUGUUGCUACUCCUUUUGUCAAACUUUUCCAAUUAAUAUACUACCUCAUGGUUGGAAUACUGAAAAAUGUUCUCUAUUGCAUAUGGUAUGCUAUUAGGGAAUUUAUCAGUCUUCUGGAAAAUGGAGUCCACAGGAUGUGCUCGGCAACAGUGUCAUACUUCAUGACCAUUGGGGAAGAGCUGGUGAGCAUUCCCUGGAAAGUGAUCAAGGUCAUUGUCCAAAUCAUCAGGGCCCUUCUCCGCAUCCUCUGCUGCCUACUGAAAACCAUUUGCCGAAUUCUGAGUAUCCCACUCAGAGUCCUUGUAGACAUUGUCUGUUUUCCCAUAUACACAGUUUGUGCCAUCCCAACUGUCCUUAAAGAUAUUGCAUUGGGCCUUGGGGGCACUUUCUGUCUGGUCCUGGACACUGCCUUUGGCUCUUUUGGCAGCCUAUUUCAUGUGGUUUUUAGUAUCUGUAAACGAAUUUGCCCUAAGAUAUCUUAUGACAUCUCUGGGGAGUUGUAG